AUGCCUCGCACUUCUGAAGAACACCCAACCCUUUCACGAAAUGACCCACAAGCGAUGUCUUCCGAUUUCCUCUACGAAGUCAAUGAGCGCCUUAUCGAAUGGCUAAAGCAAGACGCAACAAACUAUGACAAAGAACCGUCUGAAUAUGUAACGUUCUAUGAAGAAGAAGAAGAACCGGAACAUAAGUCAUAUAACCGUUUUGGACGAAUGGCUCGUCGCCUGAAGAAGUGGUUCACGGACCAUUACCAUCACGAGGUCUAA